CGGCGGCGUGUAUGGGGGGGGGGAAGCAACAACAGACGCCGGUGGAAGCUCCGACUUCGUCACCGUGGCAACGCAGCUGCUGUUUUUGCCGCGGCUGCACCUGAGCCUCCGCGCCUGCGCAGUUCCUUUGCCCUCGACGUCACCCCGGCCCCCACCUCCCCUCCCUCUUCCUCGCUCCCCCCCGGGGGACAGCGUUUCCCCCUCUCCCCAGCCUCCCUCCCCCCCUUCAGGACUGGAGUGGGGCGGAGGGAGCAGUAGCAGAAGCGGCGGCGGCGGCAGAUGGUUGAAGUACUCAAAGUUGCUGAAAGUAAGAAAAUGGUGUUAAGAGCGACGUAUCUUACGGUUUUAAAGACUUGAAUGUCAGGUUCACUGGAUGUCAGGAUGGCAGCAUCGAACCUGGAGAACCAGCUACACAGUGCUCAGAAGAAUCUGCUGUUUCUCCAGCGACAGCACGCCGACACGCUCAAGGGACUGCAUGCUGAGAUUCGACGGCUGCAGCAGCACUGCACAGAUCUGACAUACGAGUUGACUCUCAAAAGUUCAGAUUCAACAGAAAGUGGGACUUCAAGAAGUGAAGAACUCAAAAGAAAAUGUGAAGAACUUGAGGCCCAGCUGAAAGAGAAAGAGGCUGAAAACAAUGAGUUAUUAAAGGAACUGGAGCAAAAGAAUGCCAUGAUAAUGGUACUUGAGAACACCAUCAAAGAAAGGGAAAAGAAGUAUUUAGAAGAGCUUAAAAUGAAAAGCCAUAAGUUAAACAUGCUGUCGAGUGAACUAGAGCAGCGCGCCAGUACAAUUGCAUACCUCACCUCGCAACUGCACGCAACAAAGAAAAAGCUCCUGAGUUCGAGUGGGACUUCCGAUAGCUCUCCAUCUGGAAGCCCAGUCCUGUCCAACUACAAGCCAGCGCCGCCCAAAGAUAAGCUCCCAGAGACUCCGCGACGUAGAAUGAAGAAGAGUCUCUCCACCCCACUCAACCCUGAAUUCGAAGAGGCCUACAGAUUAGGAUCGGAUAGCCGCAAACUGCUGUUACGGGAGCCCGUCGAUGCUAUGCCUGAUCCCACACCCUUUUUAUUGGCAAGGGAAACCGCUGAGAUCCACCUUAUCAAAGAGAGGCCUUUAGUCAUUCCACCUAUUCCUUCGGAACGCACUUCUGCAGAGCCCCACAGCCCAGCCCGGGAGAAGCAGCACAAGGCUCACGUAGGUGUGGCGCACCGCAUCCACCACGUUGCUCCACCCCAGGCGCAGCCAGAGGUUGAGACGCUGGCAGUGGAUCAGGUGAAUGGCAGCAAAGUGGUCCGAAAACAUUCGGGGACAGAUAGAACUGUUUAAGCAAACUGUUUGUUUGGAGAUGACUCUCUUAUGCACUGUGAUCACAAAUAGGGUUACUCCCCUCCCCUGUUCCUUUCUAAUGCCCCAUGCAUGCCAAAUUCUUUCCAUCGCUAGAAUAUCCUUCUUCAAUGGAUCCCCAAUAUGACUGUGUUCAUAUUGCAGAGUAUCUAAUUAAUGAAACGCUGUGGCCAAACUCAGGCGUCUGCCUGACUGCUUGCUUCCAAUGCUCCUUCCUUUAUUCUAAGCGCACUUGUGGGCAAAUGCCCAGGCAACAGGCUGCAUUAUUAGUCCAUAGUAAUGACAGAAUCAGAUAGCCUCCUCCUGAUAGCCCUGCAGCACUGUGUAUUGGCUGUUAAUGGUUAAAGCCUUCCCUGUAUGUAUCACUUCACACAGUCAUGACAAACCUUUCUUUGGGGGUGGGGCAGCGCUGACCACCAUGCAGAUGCCUGCGUGAGAAGAAAAACACUGGCCGAGUGACCCCUCCCUCCUCCAUCAUAUGCGAUUUGAUCACAGUGUUCAUAUUUUCUGUUACAUUUUUAUCUAGAGCUACUAAAAUCCCAACAAACUCUAUUUUAUUAACCCUGGCUGAUCUUGUUUUGUGUCCUUUGUUCAAUAUUCGGAAUAGACUCCCACAAUUGCAA